AUGGAAGAUGAUCUACCUUUAGACAUCUUACAAGAAAGAUUGAAAAAGAUAAUGAUUAGAUUCUUUAGCAAUCAAACAAAUAGGCAAAAUUUGCUUAGAACAGCCGCAUAUUUAGAUAGUAGUGAAGGAAUUCUUAGAUCCAAUAACUCACAACUUCAGAAUAGCCGUAUAAGAGGCAUGACAGAAAUAGAAGAUGCUUUAGUAACAAGACGAAACAUUCGAAAAAUUGUCUACCAAAUUAUACAUGCUCAAUAUUUCAUUUCUCCACCACCAUUUAUACAAGUGGAAAGAUCAUUCGCAAAUAAUCUAGUAUACCCCUUCAUUUGUAAUCAGGCACGGAAAGAAGCAAUAAGGUUGUUAACUUUAUUAUCAAAUGGUAAUUUAUCAUAUUACGAAAAUGCAAUAGGUGUAUCAAUGCUCUUCAACCUCACAUUACCAACACAUUUGAAUACUACUGGUUUUAAUGAAAAUACUAAUAUGGAUUCUAGGAAAACAAAAGGGACCGUCUCCCAAACAUAUUCAAAUUCAUAUCAUAGAUCAAUCCCUAAUCAAUUUUAUCAACCAGGUAUGUUCGAUAAUGAAUCAUUUCAAGAAAAUGAAGCUUUGAAUGCUCAACAAAUUCCAAUCACUUUUGAACAAUUAAGAGCUAUGCAAUCCUUAUCAUUUGACCUUCUUGAAUUGAAUGUGACAAAUUCUAUAGAAUUCCACUUACUGACGGAUAUCCACCUUACUAUUUUAAAUCCAGUUGCGUCUUUGUUAAACUCGAUUUUUAGAAGAAAUAGGCUAUUUAAAGAUGUUACCGUUUUAUCCCAAACACCGGUUCAUUCUUAUAUUAUUCCGGAUUUUAUUUUCCGGUUAAGAACUUCCAGAGGUAACUAUUAUUUACCUAUAGAGGUAAAGUUUGGAAAUCUAGAUAGGGCCUUUGAAGCUGCUAGAAAUGGUAAUUUAAACGAUAUAGCUGAGUAUGGUGCACAGAUAUCCAGCCAGGCGUUUAGCUGCUAUUCGCCAAUGGCAUUAUUAAUUAGCGAAAAAUACUUAAUUGUAUUUAAAAUUCCAUUUGACCUUGAAAGAGGUAGUUUAAAAAAUCAAUUCUUUGAAAACGUACUCGAGGAUGAACGUACAAUUAAUGAAGAUGACUAUAAACUAGGAAAUUUUGAUGUAACAAUAGUUGACCAUACAAAUGGGCGGAAUCCCUUAGCCUUGACAAUUCUUAAGCUAGCUUAUGAUAGAUUCGAAAAUUAUUCUACAAUAGAGGUGACGAAAGCUAUAAAUAAAAUUUGGCUGGAACAUGCCAAAACACCUGAUAUCAAAAGAAUGAGAGCCAGAGCUCCUUGUUUACCAACCAAUACUAGAAUCCUAUAA